AGAAGAUUUACUGACGACUUAACGCUCCUGACAUCCGUGCUAAAAAUAAACACGAGACAUUUUAAUAGAUUUAAUGGUUACGAUGGGAGUUAAGUAGAAAAUAUAAUGGUAUAUAUGGGUCUCUAAACGUAAUUCUACUGGAUUUAAAGGUUAUAUUCAGAAUUUGCCUAUGUCGGUUUUAGUGAAAACUUCAUGCCUAUUGUGGUAAUGCGUUGGAUUCGUUUGAUGGGAUUUAUCUGAAAACCAUUAAAUCCUAGUGGACGCUACGUACAUAAAAUACUAUUUUAAUGUUUUUAUAAUUGUAAAUGGCUUAAAUGGUUCAUAACAACAUUUGUGGUUUGUGGUUAAAACCAUUAGAAUUGGUGUUGUUUUUCAGCGAGGAUCCCAUACAGAGCGCUUUGUGAAUCGGUUCGACUGAAUCGUUUUUUUUUUUAAGAAUCAUUCGUUCGCGAAUCGGACAUCCCUUCACUGAUAAACUGAAACUCCCCGGGUGAGACUGAGGGAGGAAGAUGGCGGCCACUGACCGUUCCCGGUCCGAAGCUGCUAAGCAGCGGCGCCAGGAUCAGCUCCAACGGUGGCAGGGAUCGGAGACGGACCGGACCGGGUCGGAGACGAGGAGCCAUUCCUCCGCUCCCGGAAGCCGACGAGGCCGAGUGCGCUUCGCCCAGGGCGCCGUGUUCAUGGCCGCCUGUUCCGCUGGGGACAAGGAGGAGGUGUCGGAGCUCCUGCGACAGGGAGCAGAUAUCAACCACGCCAAUGUAGACGGACUGACGGCACUGCAUCAGGCCUGUAUUGAUGAAAAUGCAGAAAUGGUUCAGUUUCUGGUGGAAAGCGGCAGUGAUGUAAACCGAGGAGACAAUGAGGGUUGGACGCCCCUCCACGCCGCCGCCUCCUGCGGUUUCGUCCAGAUUGCAAAGUAUUUGCUCGAACAUGGGGCAAAUGUGGGAGCUGUUAACAGCGAGGGUGAACUUCCACUUGACGUCGCCACCGAGGACGCUAUGGAGAGACUGCUAAGAGCCGAGAUUAAAAAACUGGGUAUUGAUGUGGAGCAGGCCAGAAGAGAAGAAGAGAGAGUAAUGCUUCGGGACGCCAUGGCCAUGGUGGGAGGAACCGGCGCUCUAAUUUCGCAUCCAAACACGCAGGCCACAGCGCUGCAUGUAUCUGCUGCUAAAGGAUACAUUGAGGUGUUAAAGGUACUGCUGCAGUGUACGGUGGACGUGGACAGUCGGGACAGCGACGGCUGGACAGCGCUUCACGCGGCGGCUCACUGGGGUCAGGAAGAGGCCUGUAGUCUGCUCGUCGAACACAUGUGUGACAUGAGCGCGCUUAAUAACGUGGGCCAAACUCCACUUGACGUAGCCGAUGAGAACCUCAUUGAUAUCUUGGAGGAACUUCAGAAGAAGCAGAACGUUAUGCGUUCAGAGAAACAGAAGAUCCAGACACCCGUCAUCGAGACCAGCCCACCUGUUUCUUCGGCACCUGCUCGACCUCGCAGGACAUCAAUCUCUCGUAUGAGCAGCAAAGAAAAAAUCACUCUUCACGAAAGAGAGAAGCACGCCCUGCCCACGCUCCAAACUCCGCCCGCCGAAGAGGAGGAAGAGGAUACGACGCACACGGUGCACGCACCCAAAGCCUCUAGCAGCUCCAGUUCAGAGGAAGAGAGCGAAUCAGAGAGCGACGCUGAGUCAGAGAAAGCAAAAACGCGAGAAAGGAUCAACAACUUGAACAACAAACUCAACAAUUCUGCUUCCGUUGUGAGCGGUAUGGUGACCAGUACUGUCGGAAACCAGGCUAAAAAGGGUGAACCCGUCCGGACGUCAUCGACGGAUGCUCCGGUUUCCUGGAGAACGUCUUUGCGUAAAGCAGACAGCUCUGUAACGCUGGGCUCUGCUGGGGCCUCGGACUCAACCGGUGAGGCCCUCAAGGGCCCAGAAUCUAAACUGGGCAUGACACGCUCGGCAUCUAGUCCUAAACUAAGUUCAGAGUCUGAUAAUAAGGAGCCAAGGCUGGCCCGCGUGCAACCAACUCCGUCCAGGCGCUUGUUCAGCAUUUCGGACACCAGCACCACCACCACCAAUACGGACAACCCCAGCAGCUGGUUGAGCCGGAGCUCUUCGUACACGCGCCGAACGAACAGCCAGCCAACGAACGACGUGUCAGGUCUGUUAUCUCGCAGCUCAUCUUAUGGAAGGAAGCUUGAUGACUCUUCAAUGAACUCUUUAACCACGGGAAUCUCGGGAUUCAGUCGCCUAAGCUAUCUGAGACCAGCUCAGGAAGAUGCAGAUAAGAAGGAACCCGUUUCUGUGACAACCUCCAACUCUGUCACCUCGACAACCACAAUCGGAGAUUCAGAUGCCAAACAGAGACGCAGAUCUUAUCUGACUCCGGUGCGUGAUGAGGAGGCUGAGGCUCAGAGAAGAGCUCGAUCCAGACAUGUCCGUCAGUCCAGACGCUCCACACAGGGUGUAACUCUCACAGACCUGCAGGAAGCAGAGAAGACAAUAAAGACGGAAAACAGGGGCACAGAGAAGAAAGACGACGAAGAGAAAGAAGCGAAGCAAAAGAAAGCAGAUGAAGGGGAGGUAAGCUGGCGCUCUCGUAUCGCUAACCUGCAGAAGUCGGAUUUGUUGGGACUCACGCACCCACCCGGUGCGCCACGUGCUGAUAAACAGGAUGCGGAGACCACUGCCGGAGACAGCGAGGAGUUGUCGAGAGAGCGCAGGAGGGCUCGGAGGAGAGCGAAAACCAGCGAGGGCGAUGAUAAUGACCCGAGUGUAGAGGAUGAAAGUAGCGGUGGGCGGGACCCACAGUGUGAAUUGUUUUCUGUCUCUCUCACGCAGACAGAAAGGCAUGUGAGCAGCAGCUCUGAUUCGGUCUUGAAUGAUUACAUUCACACGAGAGGAUCAGAUUCCAGGGACUUCAAAAAGAUGUUCGAGGAGGUUUCCAGGGAAAACCGUCGUCUGCAGACGCAGCUAUCAGACAUGCAGAAAACCAUUUCUCUGACACGAUUGGAGUUGGAAAAAGCCACCCAGAGGCAGGAGAGAUUCACAGACUGUACCGCUCUGCUGGAAAUGGAAAAGAAGGAGAGAAAAAGGUUAGAGAGGCGUGCUGCCGAGUUGGAAGAGGAGUUCAAGGAUUUUGGGGACUUGAGAGCGGACAACCAGAGGCUAAAGGACGAGAACGGAGCUUUGAUUCGAGUCAUAAGCAAACUCUCCAAAUAGAGACUGGAGAAGAGCGAGAGAAAUGGCCCAACCCUCCCCCAACAUCCUUCCGAGGAAGACAAGAAAGGAGGGGUGAACGUCAGACACGAAGAACUUCCAGAGAAGAAUGUCACUGUUUUAUGUGGACCGUUCGGAUGGGUCACAAUUUGACUCGACUUGAUCUUUUACCUUUCUGCUAUACGAGACUCGUGUGUGCGUGUUUUGAACUUCAUGCUUGUUUUCAGGAGACCAACGAUGAGACAAAGCUUCAACUUUCUCUUUUCCUUUCACAUAUAUACACACACACACACUUGUGUAAGGACGCAUGCAUGCACCAUGCACAUUUUCAUAAGCGUGACCACACACACUCGACACACAUUCCAUGUCUUGGGCAGUAUUUUUUGUUUUGUUGCAUCUUUGCACGCUACGUCUGCACAACACGCAAACACACAAUUGAGAGGUUUUACCCCUAAAAUCACCGGGAGGUGGUCUGAAUAUUAAGGUGUCGCUCAAAGAGUUAUCGACUCCAGAUAUAUUGACCAAUACAACAAAGACGACAGUCGGUGCAAACUCCUGUGCAUGUCGGAAAACACUUUUUUUUUGGCAUCUUUUCCCACUUUGCGCACUUAUGACGAGCAAUGCGGAAAUUUCUAUUUUCGUAUUUUAUACUGUUGUGUGAAUCCAUCCUUGCUACCGUUGUCUUCGUAAGCGUGGAUGGCUUUUGUUUAUUGUGUAAAUGUACAAAUAUUAUUCGUUUGAAAUCAUAAACGCCAUAAACUGUAACAUGAUAUCAGUUUUAUUUUCUUCACGUGUUGUUUUUCUAAUAUAUUGAAUGAAUGUUGGCACUUAAUAAAAGAUGUGUAUUUGUAGCGCAGUGCCUGUUUCAUUGCCGUUGUAAACAAUGCAUUGUUUUUAAAAAAGUUUUAUUACACAAACGAGGCACCUUUUAAGAGAUUAUUAUUAUUAUUAAAAAAAAUCAGUUUUUUUGCAAGCCCUUGAUUCAAAAUAUCGCCCAUCUGAUGCAUUUUUUGCAUCACGCCCUGUUAUUGUAACAUCACGUUAGCAAUGCAAAGGUUUUGGGUUUAAAACUAAUAAAAAAUGUAUUUCUUGAAUGCACUGCAAGUCAGUUUGGAUAAAAGCUAAAUGUAAUCUAAUUUAAUUGGUGUUUGGGUAGGUAGCUCGCAACUCUUUCUCAUCACUCAUCAUUGCUCCCUAAUGCCCAUGUACUGCUGUCUAGCAGAUGUCCUACAUCAUCCGAAACAACAACAACAGAAGAGAAGAACAGCUGUAAUAAUGGAUCCAACAUUCCCACACAGCCGGAGAGGAAGUUACUGUAAACCUGGACUUUGUCAAACUAAUUUAUACUGUAUGGUGACGUAGACUGACACCUUGUUUAGAUUGUCAGAAAUUGGUGAAAACGUGGGUGAGAAAAGUUCACGUCCGUUCUGUUUGAUCCCUUGGGAGAUUCCUACGCAUGCAACAGAGAUCAGACUCUCGUUACCUUCUGUAAAAACUGAAUGACCCCAUGAGAUACGAAUGCCAACCCCCAUCCUGGGAUCUGUCCGUCUCAUCCACAUAUACACUGACAACAAGCACCGCUCCUAAUAAGGUACGCCGAGCCAGUUCUGCUGUAAAUAUCCCUCAGGCCUGAGACGGAGAGAAAGAGAGAGAGAGGAAGGGAGGGCGGAGAGGAAAAAGUCUGGGGAAAAGAGAAGCGGAUGGAUUGCGGCCUUAUAAGGGUAAAGCCGCUCUUUUCCCAGGGUCUGGAACCCCAAACCUCGGCACGCUGCCAAGAGAAACGCAAUAGGGUUUAGUGCUAUCUAGUGGCUGAGUUGUGUAAAGACUGGAUUUGAUUUGUAUUAUCUUAAUGUUAUACUAGGCCUUCAAUUGCUACAAAGAAAUUUUGGGAAUUUUAUAUUAC